ACCUUGUUGCUAUCCUUUCCAAAUACUAAGCUCAGCAUUCAGGUUUUUCUGAUCUCUACUAAAAAUCCAUAGCUAAACCAAGAUGCAUCUACACAUUCUCGCUUUUCUCGCUGUUGCACUGGUGGCAAGCCAUGCUGCUGUGCCUCCUGAAAAGUACUGGAACUCCGUGCUGCCAAACACUCCAAUGCCUAAAGCCCUCAGUGAUCUUCUCCAGCCUGGCCUGGUCGAUGACAAAAGCACUUCAGUCGAUGUAGGAAAGGGUGGCGUAAACGUUGAUGCAGGAAAAGGAAAGCCAGCUGGUGGCGGCACUCACGUCGGUGUUGGAGGCAAAGGAGUUGGAGUGCAAACUGGAAAGCCAGGCGGCAAAGGAACCAAUGUCGGUGUUGGCAAAGGAGGAGUAUCUGUGAGCACAGGCCACAAAGGAAAGCCUGUGUAUGUUGGAGUAAAACCAGGGAAAAAUCCCUUUGUUUAUAAUUAUGCUGCCACUGAGAAUCAACUCCAUGAUGACCCCAAUGUAGCUCUUUUCUUCUUGGAAAAGGACUUGCAUCCAGGCACAAAAAUGAACUUGCACUUCACUAAAAACACGAACACAGCUACCUUUUUGUCUCGCCAAGUUGCAAAUUCAAUACCCUUUUCAUCUAACAAGGUUGCAGAUAUUUUUAACCGGUUUUCAGUGAAACCUGGGUCAAUGGAAGCUGAUAUAAUUCAAAGCACAAUUGAAGAAUGUGAAAAGACAGGCAUCAAAGGGGAGGAAAAAUAUUGUGCAACAUCAUUAGAGUCAAUGGUGGAUUUCAGCACUUCCAAGCUUGGAAAAGAUGUUCAGGCAAUCUCUACCGAGGUGGGAAAAGAAACCCAGAUGCAGAAAUACACUAUAGUCCCAGGAGUGAAGAAGGUUGGAAGUGACAAAUCUGUUGUGUGCCAUAAACAGAACUAUGUCUAUGCUGUCUUUUACUGCCAUGCAACAGAGACCACACAGGCUUAUAUGGUGCCACUAGAGGGUGCUGAUGGAACAAAAGCUAAAGCAGUGGCUGUAUGUCACACAAACACAUCAGAAUGGAACCCAAAGCAUUUGGCCUUCCAAGUACUCAAAGUUAAGCCUGGAACUGUCCCUGUCUGCCAUUUCCUUCCCGAGGAUCAUGUUGUCUGGGCAUCCAAAUAGAAGUCUCUGGGAAAGGCUCAAACCUCCAUAGCAUAAUUUAAUUGCAAGAGUAUGAAAUCCUUAUAUGUACUGUGAUAUAUACUACAGCGUUUAGUUACAUGUUUGAUUGUCCUUUAGUCAUGGAUGAUACAUUAUGUACUCACUAAUAAUACAUCCUGUCUCUUUCUACUUACUAAUAAAUUCAUAUCUUUUCGCUUUA